GUUAUCAAAGUAUCAACGUCUAGUAUCCGUUCAGUAAACCGUUCUAGUAUACAUUCCACAAUGGACUCUCUGCGUAUAUUGGUUGUUUUGAUGGCAGCUAUUUGUCUCUUAUGCCAAGUCAGUGCUGAUCCACUCCUGGAUGAAAUAUUGGCCGAAUAUGAACUAAAAAGGGACUAUGACGCCAAUCCAGAUUGCUCUGACCAGUACAAACAAAACAUUUGUGGAAAGAUUAUUACACAACUUCAUUGUAUGAAAACAAAAUCGCGAAUGGGAAAGUUUGCAAAGGCCAACUGCAGAAGAUUUUGUGGAUAUUGUUAAAUGGACGACUAUCAAGAAAGAUCAUAUUAUGGCAAAUGAACUCACAGCACAUACAUGUAAUCAGUCUCGGAAAUCAAGUUAAAUAAACUCAUUGGAAAAAUAACUA